UCAGAGCGACAGCAGAGCUGCAGUCGAGAUAAGUCUCACAUCUCCAAAAUAGUAAGAGAAGUUGAGGUGAGCUCGUCAGGACUCAACUACACAGCAGGAACAUUGUGCACACAUGGCUGCUUCCAGCUGUGGACUGAGUGAAGAUCAGUUUGUGUGCCCCAUCUGUCUGGAUGUGUUCACUGAUCCAGUCGCCACACCAUGUGGGCACAACUUCUGUAAGAACUGCAUCACUCAACACUGGGCUGUCAAUAUCCCGUGCAAGUGUCCUAUGUGUAAGGAGAUUUUCUACACAAGACCGGAGCUGCGGGUCAAUACUCUGAUCUCUCAGAUGGCUGCACUGUUCAGACAAACCCAACCAGAGGCCAAAAGGAACAACUCAGAGCGAACAUGUGGAACAGCAGAGGAUGUUUCCUGUGACGUCUGCACUGGAACCAAACUGAAAGCCUUGAAGUCCUGCGUGGUGUGUAUGGCCUCCUACUGUGAGACUCACCUAGAGCCUCAUCUGACAGUGUCAAGUCUGAAAAAACAUCAGCUAAUCCAUCCUGUGGAGAAUCUGCAGGUUCGGAUGUGCAUGAAACACGAUAAACCUCUGGAGCUCUACUGCAAGACUGACCAGAUAUGUGUCUGCAUGCUCUGCAUGAUUUUAGACCACAAGAGACACAAUGUCAUCCCUGUGAAAAAAGAAUAUGAAGAAAAAAAGGCUGAGCUGGAGAAGACAGAAGUCGAAAUUCAGCAGCUGAUCCAGAGGAGAGAACUGAUGAUUGGGCAGCUCAAACAUUCAGUGGAGGUCAGUACUGAACGUGCAAACAGAGAGAAAGCAGAAGGUCUUCAGGUUUUUGCUGCUCUGAAGGAGCCCAUUGACCGAGGCCUGGCUGAGUUCAUAGAGACAAUCAACAACAAACACAGACCAGUAGAGAAACAGACCAAAGGCUUGAUUGAAGAGCUGGAGCAUGAGAUAUUUGACCUGGUGAAGAAAAGUGAGGAGCUGAAGCAGCUCUCGUGUUCCGAAGACCACGUCCUCUUCGUCCAAACCUUCUCCUCCUUAAAGGACGCCAAAGACAGGACAGAUGUUAGUAUCCGUCAGCCAUCAUAUAAAGGGACUGUGGCAGCAGCUGUAGCUGAGCUGAAAGAGGCGCUCAAUAAAGAGAUACAGAUGUUCUUUGAGUCAGAGCUGAAGAGGGUCCAGCAGUAUGCUACCAAUGUGACACUUGAUCCUGAUUCAGCAAAUCCCUGGCUCGUUGUGUCUGAUGACAGGAAACAGGUGAAGUUUGGUCAAGUAAAUAAGAAUCUCCCAGACAAUCCAAAGAGAUUUUCUUAUUAUGCCAGUGUUUUAGGAAAGAACAGUUUUUCAUCAGGAAGAUUUUACUUUGAGGUUCAGGUUGAAGGGAAGACAAAGUGGGACUUAGGAGUAGCCAGUGAGUCGGUCAACAGGAAGGGACAGAUCACUCUGCAUCCUCUGAAUGGUUACUGGACUGUGUCUUUAAGGAAUGAAAAUGAGUACAAAGCUUUGGCUGAAUCUCGCGUAACUCUCAAUCUGAAGUCUCGGCCCAAGAAGGUGGGGGUGUUUGUUGAUUACGAAGAGCGUGUGGUCUCUUUGUAUGAUGUGGAUACUGCUUCUGUCAUCUACUCGUUCACUGGCUGCUCAUUCACUGACAAACUCUUCCCAUUCUUCAAUCCCUGCAAUAAUGACUGUGGGAAAAACUCUGCCCCCCUGGUCAUCUGUCCAAUACAAAACCUCAAGUUAACGCAGUUAUACUCGAGAAUAAAAAACGGGAUAAAUAACUGACAAAAUACUUGCUCAAAACCUCGAACUCAGAUCAAUGAGGACAUUGUACUUCUGUGUUUUCUCAGUCAACUGUAAACUGGUGUGUGCUGCUCAAUAGCAGCCAUGUGUCAUUCUAACCAUUAAAUGUGCAUUAGAAUAGUAAUGUACACGGUUUCCUAAGUGGAAGUGGUAACUGUUUGCACUCCUGCCUGUUUGUUGGUUUACACAAAAACUACUGGACAGAUUAUCAUGACACUUGGGGGGAGGAUGCAUUAUGGGUCAGGACUGAACCAACAUCAUUUCCAUGGGAUCCAGGAAUUUUUCAUCUCUUUCUUGUCAAGUGUGAAACAGGAGGUUUUUUGAUAGUUUCCUUGAUUCCUCUGAAACAAAUCAUGGAUCUUGAUAGAAAAUACUUCAAAGUUAAAUCUGGAUGGUGAGGUAUGAGCUUUAUUGAGUCACUGACGGGUCACAUUCUUUUUACUGCUGCAAGAAGAACACAUUUUAGUGCCCAGAACAACCCACUACAAACUAUUGCAAUACAAAUACGGUUGAGAUGGGCUCUGGUACUAAAAGGUUCAGCAUGAUCUUGUUUGUCUUGUACUCACAUACUCUCAUGUCUUGUAAUGUUGUGUUCUGUCGCUGCUGUAGACACACAGACAGCAGGAAGUCAAAAUACAAGGAAGUCAAAUGUUUCCAGAAACCACAGGAUGCUCAAACAGGCCUGAGAGUUAAAAUGAUCACAUAGAAGACACAGAAAACCAAAAUAGUUUGAAAUAUAUGUGUUGUAUGUAUUUGCUUUCUAUUUAUGCAUUUACUGUCAUAAUCGAAAUGAAAAACUUAGUCUUUUAUUUUGAAACAAUGAUUGUUUUUC